GCCUGUGGCGCGGGCGCGCCCUGGCUCGGCGGCGGACCAUGGCGGCAGAGGCCCCCCGGCAGUCCUGGGCGCUGCUGCGCCUCGUUGUGGCCGCGCUGCUCUUCCCUGAGGCGGCCGCAUUACAGUGUUACUGCCAUCUGUGUACAAAAGACAACUUCACAUGUGUGACAGACGGGCUAUGUUUUACUUCAGUAACACGUACUGCAGACAAAGUCAUACAUAAUAGUAUGUGUCUAGCAGAAAUUGAUCUGAUUCCCCGAGACAGGCCGUUUGUUUGUUCCCCAUCCGCCAGAGAUGGAGUAAUUACUUUGCCUCAUUGCUGUGACAGAGACCACUGCAAUAAAAUAGAACUUCCAAUUCCAACACCAGGCCCUACUCGAGGAAAACCAGCUUCUAAUUUAGGACCUGUGGAACUGGCUGCUGCCAUUGCUGGACCUGUCUGCUUUGUCUGCAUUUCACUAAUGUUGAUUCUGUAUCUUUGUCAUAAUCGUACGGUAAUUCAUCAUCGUGUGCCAAGUGAAGAAGACCCCUCACUGGAUCGUCCAUUUAUAUCAGAAGGAACUACGUUAAAGGAUUUAAUUUAUGAUAUGACGACUUCAGGCUCUGGGUCAGGUUUACCUUUACUUGUGCAAAGAACAAUUGCAAGAACUAUAGUUCUUCAAGAAAGCAUUGGUAAGGGUCGUUUUGGAGAAGUCUGGCGAGGGAAGUGGAGAGGAGAAGAAGUUGCUGUGAAGAUCUUCUCUUCAAGAGAGGAACGCUCAUGGUUUCGCGAAGCAGAAAUUUAUCAAACAGUUAUGCUACGACAUGAAAACAUUCUUGGAUUUAUAGCUGCAGACAACAAAGACAAUGGUACAUGGACUCAGCUGUGGUUGGUGUCAGACUAUCAUGAACAUGGAUCACUCUUUGAUUACCUGAACAGGUAUACAGUAACAGUUGAAGGAAUGAUAAAAUUAGCUUUGUCCACUGCUAGUGGUCUUGCUCAUCUUCAUAUGGAAAUUGUUGGCACACAAGGCAAACCAGCAAUUGCCCACAGAGAUUUGAAAUCAAAAAAUAUAUUGGUAAAAAAGAAUGGAACAUGUUGCAUUGCAGACCUAGGAUUGGCAGUUAGGCACGAUUCAGCUACAGACACAAUUGAUAUUGCUCCAAACCACAGAGUGGGAACAAAAAGGUACAUGGCACCUGAAGUUCUAGAUGAUUCCAUAAAUAUGAAACACUUUGAGUCAUUCAAACGAGCAGACAUCUAUGCAAUGGGAUUAGUGUUUUGGGAAAUAGCUCGGCGAUGUUCGAUCGGUGGAAUCCAUGAGGAUUACCAGUUGCCAUACUAUGACCUUGUUCCUUCAGAUCCUUCUGUUGAAGAAAUGAGGAAAGUUGUGUGUGAACAGAAGUUACGGCCCAAUAUUCCAAACAGAUGGCAAAGCUGUGAGGCGUUACGAGUAAUGGCAAAAAUUAUGCGGGAAUGCUGGUACGCCAAUGGAGCUGCCAGGCUGACAGCUUUGCGCAUUAAGAAAACGUUAUCUCAACUUAGUCAACAGGAAGGGAUAAAGAUGUAAUCCUGGAUUUGCUACCAAGAAUCCUGUAAAAAUCAUUAUCUGCACCAGAGUGGCGUGUUCAGAAAGUCAAUUGUUCUACCUCAUUGGGGGAACAGAAGGAUGUUGCUGCCUUUUAGUACUUCAUAGGAACGUCACUUCUUAAGACUUUUGUGGAUGUACUGAACAGUUGUGUAGGGUCCUUUCUGUGCACUAUGAACCUCUUUCCCAGGUUACUUACAGAACAUUGUGUAGUGUAGUUUUAUUUUUAUUAAUCAAAAUUGUUUUUUAUUUGUAAAGUUGAUAGCUGGUCUUCUAGUUAACUGUGCUAAAAAUAGGAGGUCACUUUUAAAAUUGAACUGGUUCGCUAUAUUGUUUUAGAGUGCCUUGAUGGCUCUUUAAGCAACUCUGUUCCUGGCUGGUACAUUUGACUAUUCUGAACCAAUCAUGGUUCUUUUGAUUCAGAUUGUGAAUGUACUGUUGGAGUAUACUUUGCUGGCUAUUAAGAUAGUGUAUCUUUUGGACUCUUACUUUGAUUUCAAAUUUGACCUCAUUCAGUUGUGGGAAUGUAAUUUAUACAGCUAUACUUCAUACAAAAUUAAUGGGGGGUUUUCCACUUUUUCAGAACAUUACAUUGCCUUCAAAAUAGAUUGUACUAUUCCAGUAAGUGCCGCUUUUGAGUCUUCUAAUGCAAAACAGUAGGAGUGUCCAAAGCCUACGGUACUUUUGCUUUCAAAGAUACAAAAAAACCCAAUAUAAAAUCAGGAUAAAAAACAACUGUUCCUUUGCCUAGCUAAGAUCUAACUCAAACUCGUUUCAGCAGGUGAAUACAUCAUUAGUGGAAAUACCUUUAAUUUUACCAAAAUCUGACUUUAAACCACUGUAGAAAUUUGAAAUAGUGUAAGCUAGUUAAUUCACUGUCAGAUUUUUUAAUUGUUGAGUCAUGAGUCAUAAUUGUAUGGAAGACUUUUUACCACUUGAUGAAGUGGUACUUCUGAAAUGCUUGAAGUGUACCUAUCUGCUUCAGAAAAGUAGCAGGAGGAGCAAGAUGCCAUGAAGAGAGAUAUUGCUCCAUGAAGAGAGAUUUUGCUCCAUUAAAUCAAAUGACAAGCAUAUUUUCUGUGCAGUUCUGCACAGUCUUAAAGCUCAAAGAACAAUAUUUGCAAUUAAAUUAGGAUUAAGUGCACCUGUACUUAGGGAGAAGUUAUCUGGGCCUUUGUACUAGAAAGUUCAAAGCUGCUUAUAAAUUGUUUGUGCAUAUAUUUUAUGUGUGCCUCAUACACAAAGUGGUGAGCUGCAGGUUUUUGGAUACAAAUAUACUAGGGCAUUCCAGCCAUCCUCUUCAGAGGCAUGUGCGUGGCUUUAGUCAAGAUUUGCAUAAGAUUUUAAGGACAUCACAAGAUUUUCCCAAACUUGAUUAGAAAUUGAAUUGCUUCCUGCCCUAAUAUACCAUUUCCAGAGCAGACAGGGGAAAUAAUAUGGAAAAUUCUCUUUAAAAACCUGCUGUUACUAAGAUGCUGUUACCUAUGCAGUUGUAGGUAGAUUCUGAUUGACCUUUGAUUUCAUUAAUGCCCAAAACAGUAAUAUUUCAGUAUGUAAAUGUGCCUGGUAAUUAAUAUAUCUAACCUACUCUCCAGAACACAUAACUAUCCAUCCUAUUAUGCAACGCACCCAAUCUUAACUCUGCUUCCUUUUCAUUCUUCAGCAUACACUGAGUUUUUUCACAAAGCUAGUAGCAGUGGCAGGGUAGCUGCUAACAGAAGCAUAGUUGAGAUUGUGUUCCAUGGUCUGUAACAUAGGGUUGUUUAAGCAGUAACAUAGGUGGGUCCUAUGAAGAGGCUGUAUAGGUGACAUAAGGCUUAGCAGUUUGCUAGUUCUUACGUAUGUCCAAAUUCUUAAUGCUUGCUUGGAGAUAGGUUCAAAUUACAGACCUUCAGAACUGCAAAUAAUGAAAUGUUUUAUUCAACCACCUUUAUGCCUGAGUUUUACUCUUACUAAAAGAUGGAAUGCAGGAGAAGAGGAAAAAAUAAGUUCUUAGAACAUAAUUUGGUUUAAAAAAUAUGUACAGCUGUCUCAGUUGUGUGCAUUUGACAUUAUCUGACUGUCAGGCUUAUGUUCUUCAGGCCCAAAUGAAUCAAAAUUGAUAAAAACUUACUUCCUUUAGGUUUUUUAAAUAAAUUAUGCCUUUGUGCAAAUGGACAGCUGUUCUAAAAAAAUUACAGAAUAUAACUAAACUCCUAAGUCUUACUACUUGGCAUGCCCAUAACAAGUUCAAUGUGUCUAGACAAAAAUUUGAAGAAAAAAGGUCAGUGGUGCAGUAGAACUUGGUAUAUCUCCUUACUAAUUUCAAAGGCUUUUUAUCAUUAACUUGAUCAAAUUUUGAGUUUUUCAUAGGCAUAACUGGAUCUUUACCAUUUACAAAUGGUGUAGUUCAUACUUCAUAAUCCACUGGAAUGGAUCUUUGUAGGAACAUGACAGAUCUUCCAAUAUCAUUCAUCAAAUAAUUUCAUUAGAGGUUUUUUUAGCACCCAUAAAACUUACCACUGUAACAUUCAGUUUCCUAAAAUACAAGGAGCAGUUAUGUUGCAUUUAAGAGAUUCUACAACAGUAUGUUACAUCUGUCUCAUCUCCAUCAUCCCCUAUUAGUCUUAGUUCUCCUGCAUUGAUAGCAGCUAUUACAUUGUUCUAGUUUUUCAUUUUGUAAUAGAAGCUUGGAAAAAUGAAGCGCAGGAAGGAUGCUUGAUACAGUGUGUCAUGUCAGGGACAUUAUUUUGGGACAACCUUACUCAUAUUGGCAUACAGAACAGGAACAUUCAGAAUAGAGCUCUAUAUAUCUUAAGUUCUGACACCACACUUUAAACUUCAUUCUUUUUCAUUUUAUAAACCAAACACCUUUUACAAAGGCUGUGCCUGUAUAUAUUAUGUAACUUUAAAUAGUACCUGUGUAAGAUAUAUCAUAUGUAUAUCGACACAGGUACACAUAAAUAUUUUUUAAAUUAAGAUUAUAAUAUCACCAGAUCUGCUUUUGGAAAUCCAGGGGGACCAAAAUAUUUUAGCAUUCAAAAUAUUAAUUUUGUAUCAUUUCAAGUAUAUACCAAAACAAUUUCUGAUGAAUACUGAUGCAAAUGUUUAUUGUAAAUAUUACCUACAUUUACAUAAGUUUUGUGGAUUUAAUCAAUUUGACAUUUUUGUAGCAUUGAAGCCUCAGUUUGGUUUACAGACUUGUGACCAGGUGGACAAGGCUGUGGAGAAUAAGGAACAUUGGAAAGGGCCUGAUGCUGCAAAUCCCAAAAUGAUUUUUUUUUUUUUUGAAUGCUUGAAUUCUUCAGGGACCUUUCAACCUUAAAAGCUGGAAUUCUAGGAUGUUUCUCAAGCUGACUUUCCAAGUACAACACACUGUCACCCCUCCAAUGGUUCCGCUUGUAAAACUGAGAAAGACUUUGUAUAUAGGUAAAAACAUUGCAAUUGACUGUACGGGGACAUGAAAGUAUCAAAUUAAAUAAGAGGCUAUUUUAUUUUUUUCGGUAAUACCUCUGAGUGUGAUUGCCAUGAAAUUCACCUUUUCGUUAGUUCCUUCUUUAUAUUGUGCCAUUGAAAUGAUUGCAAGGUGUUAAUCAUGUUGUGUUUUUUCCAAAAACCACCAACAAAAAAACACUUCGUCACAUCAGUUGCUUUAAACUCAAAUUACCUCUCAAAAGACCAAGGUACAUUUACCUCAUGUAUAUAAUAUUUUUCAGAACAUUCUCCAGGUUUGCAAUUACAUGUUUCUAUUCUGUAAUUCUGUAGAAAUGUGGGUAUUACUAAAUGUACAACUUCAGUAGUACUAAAUGUAUUAUCCAGUGUCCUAAAACACUAAUUUUCUGUAUUUUAUUGUAUUAGCAAGUUUGCUGCUUUGUCACUGUAGCACCUGCCCUUACAUAGCUGUGUGGGUACUGCCUUGUAAAUUUUACUUUUUGGAUUAUUUUAAGAUCUUGUACAGAUGAGUAUCACUUUUUAAAACCUAAAAAAAAUUGUGCAUUUCCGUUAUGUUUCUGAAAAUAUGUAUUGUAUUUGUAGAGUAUACAUUUCAAUGCAUUGUAAAUAGCAUAGUAGAAGAGUGGAUGCUUAUGUUAAGUGCUAACACUACAGUAGAGAAAUUAAAGCAGUGAAAAUAAAUAACUUUUUCCAAAA